CUUCACCACCACUACAUUUCCGACUUUGCUUUCCAGCACGUGGGAUACUGGGAUGGUGAGCACCAGGUGGGCUGCCACCCUUUCUCACAUGAUGCUCACUGCACCUCUGCUGCCUGCAUUAGACCUGGCCUCAUCUGUCUGGACCAGACCAAUUUUGAAGAAAGGGUACAGACAGAAAUUGGAAUUAUCAGAUAUAUAUCAAAUUCCUUCUGCUGAUUCUGCUGACAAUCUAUCUGAAAAGCUGGAAAGAGAAUGGGAUAGAGAGUUGGCUUCAAAGAAAAAUCCCAAACUCAUUAAUGCCCUUCGGCGAUGCUUUUUUUGGAGAUUUGUGUUCUAUGGAAUCUUACUAUAUUUAGGGGAAGUCACCAAAGCAGUACAGCCUCUCUUACUGGGAAGAAUCAUAGCUUCCUAUGAUCCAGAUAACCAGGCUGAACGCUCCAUCGCCAUCUACCUAGCCAUAGGCUUAUGCCUGCUUUUCAUUGUGAGGACACUGCUCCUACAUCCAGCCAUUUUUGGCCUUCAUCACAUUGGAAUGCAGAUGAGAAUAGCUAUGUUCAGUUUGAUUUAUAAAAAGACUUUAAAGCUGUCAAGCCGUGUUCUAGAUAAAAUAAGUAUUGGACAACUUGUUAGUCUUCUUUCCAACAACCUGAACAAAUUUGAUGAAGGACUUGCCUUGGCACAUUUUGUGUGGAUUGCUCCUCUACAAGUAACUGUCCUGAUGGGACUGCUCUGGGAUUUGCUACAGGCCUCUGCCUUCUGUGGCCUGGCUUUCUUGAUAGUUCUUGCCCUCCUUCAAGCAGGAUUAGGGAGAAAGAUGAUGAAGUACAGAGAUCAGAGAGCUGGAAAGAUCAAUGAGAGACUCGUGAUCACCUCAGAAAUGAUUGAAAAUAUCCAGUCCGUUAAGGCAUACUGCUGGGAAGAAGCGAUGGAAAAAAUGAUUGAAAAUCUAAGACAAACAGAACUGAAAUUCACCCGGAAGGCAGCCUAUGUGAGAUACGUCAAUAGCUCAGCCUUCUUCUUCUCAGGGUUCUUUGUGGUGUUUUUAUCUGUGCUUCCCUAUGCACUGAUCAAAGGAAUCAUCCUUCGAAAAAUAUUCACAACCAUCUCAUUCUGCAUUGUCCUGCGUAUGGCAGUCACUCGACAAUUCCCCUGGGCUGUACAAACAUGGUAUGACUCUCUUGGAGCAAUAAACAAAAUACAGGAUUUCUUACAAAAGCAAGAGUAUAAGGUAUUGGAAUAUAACCUAACAACUACAGAAGUAGUGAUGGAGAAUGUAACAGCCUUUUGGGAAGAGGGAUUUGGGGAAUUAUUUGAGAAAGCAAAACUAAACAAUGACAGAAAGAUUUCCAAUGGUGAUAGCAACCUGUUCUUCAGUAACUUCUCCCUUCUUGGCACUCCUGUCCUGAAAGACAUCAACUUCAAGAUAGAGAAAGGACAGUUGUUGGCAGUUGCUGGAUCCACUGGAGCAGGCAAGACUUCACUCCUAAUGAUGAUUCUGGGAGAAUUGGAGCCAUCAGAGGGUAAAAUUAAGCACAGUGGAAGAAUUUCAUUCUGCUCUCAGUUUUCCUGGAUCAUGCCUGGCACCAUCAAAGAGAAUAUCAUCUUUGGUGUUUCCUAUGAUGAGUAUAGAUAUAGAAGUGUCAUCAAAGCAUGCCAACUGGAAGAGGACAUCUCCAAGUUUGCAGAGAAAGAUAAUAUAGUUCUUGGAGAAGGUGGAAUCACACUGAGUGGAGGUCAGCGUGCAAGAAUUUCUUUAGCAAGAGCAGUAUACAAAGAUGCUGAUUUGUACCUAUUAGAUUCCCCUUUUGGAUACCUAGAUGUUUUAACUGAGAAACAGAUAUUUGAAAGCUGUGUCUGUAAGUUGAUGGCUAACAAAACUAGGAUUUUGGUCACUUCUAAAAUGGAACAUUUAAAGAAAGCUGACAAAAUAUUAAUUUUACAUGAGGGUAGAAGCUAUUUUUAUGGGACAUUUUCUGAACUACAAAAUCUACGGCCCGACUUUAGUUCAAAACUCAUGGGAUUUGAUUCCUUCGACCAGUUUAGUGUGGAAAGAAGAAAUUCAAUCCUAACUGAGACCUUACGCCGCUUCUCAUUAGAAGGAGACACUUCUGUCUCCUGGAAUGAAACCAGAAAACAAUCUUUUAAACAGACUGGAGAGUUUGGGGAAAAAAGGAAGAACUCUAUUCUCAAUCCAAUAAACUCUGUAAGGAAAUUUUCAAUUGUACAAAAGACUCCAUUACAGAUGAACGGCAUCGAAGGGGAUUCUGAUGAGUCGUCAGAGAGAAGGCUGUCUCUGGUUCCAGAUUCUGAGCAAGGAGAUGCAAUCCUACCUCGCAGCAAUGUGAUCAACACAGGCCCCACAUUUCAGGGCCGGAGGAGACAGUCUGUUCUGAACUUGAUGACACACUCAGUCAGCCAGGGCCAGAGCAUCCACCGGAAGACAACAGCCGCCACACGAAAAAUGUCCCUUGCCCCGCAGACCAGCUUUACUGAGAUGGAUAUAUAUUCAAGACGGCUAUCUCAAGAGAGUGGCUUAGACAUCAGUGAAGAGAUUAAUGAAGAAGACUUAAAGGAAUGCUUUUUUGAUGAUAUAGAGAACAUACCAACAGUGACCACUUGGAACACAUACCUCCGAUAUAUUACUGUCCAUAAGAGCUUAAUUUUUGUGCUCAUUUGGUGCUUAGUUAUUUUUCUGGCUGAGGUGGCUGCUUCUUUGGUUGUGUUGUGGUUACUCAGAAACAACCCUCCUCAAGAUGAAAGGAACACUACUAAAAGUGGAAAUAGCAGUUACGCUGUGAUUAUCACCAACACCAGCUUCUAUUACAUUUUUUACAUUUAUGUGGGAGUGGCUGACUCUUUGCUUGCUCUGGGGUUAUUCAGAGGUUUGCCACUGGUGCAUACACUAAUCACAGUGUCGAAAAUUUUACACCAGAAAAUGUUGCAUUCUGUUCUUCAAGCACCCAUGUCGACCCUCAACACAUUGAAAACAGGUGGAAUUCUUAAUAGAUUCUCCAAAGAUAUAGCAAUUUUGGAUGAUCUUCUGCCUCUUACCAUAUUUGACUUCAUCCAGUUGUUAUUAAUUGUGAUCGGAGCUGUAGCAGUUGUCUCAGUUUUACAACCCUACAUCUUCCUGGCAACUGUGCCAGUGAUAGCAGCUUUUGUUAUGCUUCGGGCAUACUUCCUCCAUACUUCACAGCAGCUCAAACAACUAGAAUCUGAAGGUAGGAGUCCAAUUUUCACUCAUCUUGUUACAAGCUUAAAAGGACUAUGGACACUUCGUGCUUUUGGACGGCAGUCUUACUUUGAAACUCUGUUCCACAAAGCUCUGAAUUUACAUACUGCCAACUGGUUCUUGUAUCUAUCAACACUGCGCUGGUUCCAAAUGAGAAUAGAAAUGGUUUUUGUCAUCUUCUUCAUUAUUGUUACCUUCGUUUCCAUUUUAACAACAGGUGAAGGAGAAGGAUCAGUUGGUAUUAUUCUAACUUUAGCCAUGAAUAUCAUGAAUACAUUGCAGUGGGCUGUAAACUCCAGUAUUGAUGUGGAUAGCUUG